AGGGUAACGCGCUCUGCGGCUGACAAAUAGCUCCGACCUCAGCACACAGCGAGUGGGCAUGAACACGGCCGGGUCCCGGAGUUUUUGGUCAAAGGUUUGCUCUCGGUUCCAGAUUUCUCCUCUAAAAACAACCAAAUCUGUUCACAAGUAACGCGUAAAACCCGCAGAGGACGCAAAGACGCGCUGAGAAGUCUGCUGCCGGUACUUUCCCUUCAUCCACAACCUGAGGAUAACUUCUACAGUCUUGAUCUCCGGACUAUAGAGGCACUACAGAGGGAAUAUGACAGCUGGCUUGGGCCACUGAAGGAGUGAUAAUCGGUGUACGCGCUUGGUGUCUGUCAAGGUGACCGCACAGCCAGAUUAUGCAGCAUCCUUUGGACAUGGGUGCGCAUUACUAUCCUCCGGAGCUUCAUCCCGACCACCGAACUCAUCGCUACAGGAGUUUCAUGAUAGAGGAGAUCCUGACUGAUCACCCGGAGCACAAAGCUUCGGCUCCGGCCGGGGAGCUCCUUAAAUUCGGGGUACACGCUCUCCUGUCCUCCCGGCCUUUCCAUAACCAGCUGGUGCUAAAAGCCGACCAGACGAGCCUCCUCAAGUUCCCUCUGUCCCCGUUGUCCUGCUCGCUGGGCUCCCCGCUCGGCUCCCCGCUGCUGUCCGCUGCCCAGGGCCUGCAGGUCGGCGCGGCGUCUCACCACCUGCCGCUGGACCUGCACCUCCGCGGGAAGCUGGAGCACGGAGCCGACGGAGGCAGCAAGACCAAGAAGGGCCGCCGAAGCCGCACCGUGUUCACCGAGCUGCAGCUCAUGGGCCUGGAGAAACGCUUCGAGAAGCAGAAGUAUCUCUCUACGCCUGACAGAAUAGAUCUGGCUGAGUCUUUGGGUCUCAGUCAGCUGCAAGUGAAAACAUGGUACCAGAACAGAAGGAUGAAAUGGAAGAAAAUUGUGUUGCAGGGAGGAGGCCUGGAGUCACCGACUAAACCAAAAGGCCGCCCAAAGAAGAACUCCAUCCCCAGCAGCGAGCAGCUCUCUGAACAAGAACGAUCUUCUGCUGACGCUGACCACCAGUCCGAAGGCUCGAGCUCCCACUUAGAGAGCACUCAGGAGGAAUGACCCGCAGACACUGACUCUAUAUGCAGAGCCUCUUGGACAGUUAGUGUGUAUGUUUUGAAUGGGGCCAGGUUCAAAAACGGCAUGAAGAGGAUGUGCUGAUGCUUCUGAAGCAGGACCUGCUUGUGCAAUCUCCAAAGAUUUGCAGGCCCUGCAGAAACCUAAAUUGUACGCCGACAUCCUCCAAAAACCCAUGUGUUUUUGUUGUAGCCUUACCAUGCAUUCCCUCAUGAUGAACUUGCUGCUGCUGAGGAGGGAACUCAAACCUUUGCAGUAGGUCUACCUUUAUAUUCUACGGAUCCACUCUCACUCAUCUGUUUUGCAUUCCUUUUGUGUAACUAUGCUAUGUUUAAUUAUUAAAUAUAUUUUCAC